CCCCCGCGCGGGGCCUCGCUCCUCCACCGCUAUCCCGGCAACCUCUGCUGCCUAGUACACGUCUCAGCCGCCGCGCGGGCGCUCUAGGCGGCUGCGGUCACUGUCGAUGGUGAUCGGUGGAAGACGGGAGGGGGUGUCAUGGCGGCCGUCGAGGUGGCAGUGCCCGGAGCCGCCGGGAGGAGCCGCUGAGCAGGGUCGUGCAGGGGGGAUGCGCGCGGUGCUGGCGGAGCGGGCGCCCAGACCGCUCUGCUGAGCCCCUAGCAGGAGCCUCGGCCUCCCUGGCCGGGGGAGGGAGGAGGCGGCCGCCCCUCGGCCCGCCGCGGCCACAGGGCCGGCUGAGCGGUGGCGGCGAUGGCGUCGUGGCUGGGCGGGCUGGGCUCGGGGCUGGGCCAGUCCCUGGGGCAGGUGGGGGGCAGCCUGUCCUCGCUCACCGGCCAGAUCUCCAGCUUCACCAAGGACAUCCUGCUGGAGGGCACCGAGGAAGUGGGCGAUGCAGCAACAGAACUCCAUGUGUCCAAUUCUAGACUCAGAGAAGUAGAAAGUAUUAAUGCAGCACAGAAGUCAGAAAAUGAGAGACUGAAAAAAGUUUGUAGUGAUUUAGAAGAAAAGCAUGAAUCAGCAGAACUUCAAAUAAAACAGUUGUCUAUAGAGUACCGAAAUCAGCUACAACAAAAAGAGGUGGAAAUCAGCCAUCUAAAAGCUAGACAGAAUGCACUACAGGAACAAUUGCAGAAGGUACAGACAGCUGCUCAGUCAGCACAGUUAGGAGCUGGUGUUUUGCCACCGGCCACUACAUCAGCUUCCUUUGUUCCAGUGGUUAGACAUUCCUCAGGUUUUCAAGAUGACGACAUGGAUUUUGGAGAUAUAAUCUGGUCACAACAAGAAAUAAACAGAUUGUCCAAUGAAGUCUCUAGGCUUGAAUCUGAGGUCGACCACUGGAAGCAGAUUGCACAGCCUUCCAAAGUGCAAGGGGCAAAUGAUGCAGAACAGAGUGAAGUCUGUAAACUGCAAAAUAUCAUUAAGGAACUCAAACAGAAUUUAAGUCAAGGAAUAGAUGAACAUCAGCAUGAGCUUUCGGUGUUGCAGGAUGCACACAGACAAAAGCUAGUAGAGAUAAGUCGUCGACAUCGAGAAGAGCUGAGUGAAUAUGAGGAACGAAUUGAAGAACUUGAGAAUCAGUUACAGCAAGGUGGUUUAAGCACUGAUGCUACAGAUGAUUCUAAAAUUAGUGAACAGAAAAAGAAUACUCAGACUCUAGAUGCUGGAAAAGCAGAAGACCUGCAGAUUAUAAAGGACCUAGAGGAUGAAAUACAAAAAUUAAAUCACAAACUGUCUUCUGCCAAAGAAAAAGAAAAAAAUCUGCUGAAAGAGCAAGAAUUGAUUAAGAUAGAAAAAAUCCAAGUAACGCAAGAGUAUGAAAGUCUAAAAUCUGAUUUUAGUGAGCUUCAAAGUUCUGUUGCAGAGCAGGAUGCUCUCUUGAAAGAACAGGAGAAGAAGUUCCCAUCAAAGACAUCACUACUUCCAGAAGAUGUCAUCAGACUACAGCAAGCCCUGUUAGAAGCAGAAAAGGAAAUAGCAAGACUUUCAAGUUUAAAUCAGACUGACAGUUUCAUUGGUAUGGGGAAGGAUGUUCAGGCAUUUAUGCUAGAUCUACCGGUUCUUAAAGAGGAGAAUUUAAAGCUGAGAAAAGAGAAGGAGGAACUUCAGAAGGAACUGACAAAUGCACAACAUAAAACUGAGAAUAUUCUUUCUACAUGUACUGAGGAUCAGAAUUCAGAAUUAAGUCAGUUAAGGCAAGAUUUGGAAAGAAAAGAGCAAGAGUUAAAUGAAAGUAUUGCUGAAAGAGAAACCUUAAUAGCAGAGUUGGAAGAACUGGACAAGCAAAAUCAAGAAGCUACUCAGCAUAUGAUUACACUGAAAGAACAGCUGUCAAAACAACAUACAGAAACUGAUAGUGCCAUGAAACAGCUGAAAUGUGACAUAGAUUUUGAAAGACAGAAGGUAUCAAAACUAGAAAUGGAGAAGAUGGAAACUGUUAAGGAGUUAAAUAGUCAUAAAGAAAAACUGAGCCAAUGUUCAUAUGCUCUUAAUGAUUUGCAUGUAAGUAAACAGCAGCUUCAAGAUAAUAUUAAAGAUCUGCAGGAACAGUUAAGGAAAGCCCAGGACUGUAAUUUGCAUAAUAAAAAAGAAAUUACAGAGUUGCAGCAGAGACUAAAAGAAAGAGAGGAGGAACUUUCUGUAUCCUUGAGCAAGUUAAGAGAAAAAAAGAAUCAGGAAUCUAACUACAGUUGUCAAGAUCUGAUUCUUAAAGAGAGAGAAGCAGAAAUUGCAAAACUACAGAAUGACAUUUCAGAAUAUAAACAACUAAAUGAAAACUUGGAGAAAUCUGUGUCUGACCUCAAACUAGAAAAUGGAAAGUUGAUAGCAGCUGGUGAAGAACUGAAACAGCAGCUAAGUGAUUCUGUUUCUGAGAAGAAUAAAGUGUCAUUAGAAAAAAACACUGUCACAGAGGCUUUGAAAAUGGAAAAAAGACAACUGGAAACUGAACUAAACCAGACUGAAAAAAGGCUAUUGGAACAAGCACGCAAGUAUGAGCAGACUAUUGAGGAAUUAUCAAAUGCACGUAGUAUGGAUACCACUGCAUUGCAGCUUGAACAUGAGCGCUUAGUUAAACUCAAUCAAGAGAAAGACUUUAAGAUUGCAGAACUCAAAAGGAACGUCGAGCAGAUGGAAGCUGACCACCAAGAAACAAAAGAGAUGUUGACUACCAGUUUAGGAGGACAGAAGCAGUUGACAGAACUCAUGAAAGAAAAAGAGGUAUUUAUUGAAAAAUUAAAAAAUCGAGCCUUUCAGGUGCAACAGGAACUUGAGGAAUAUAUUAAAGAUUCAAAAAAGCAGGAUAUCUUAAAACAGAAUUUAGAGGAAAAAGACAAAAGUCUUGCAGUUAUGAAGGAAGAAAAUAAUCAUUUAAAAGAAGAAAUCGAACGUCUUAAGGAUCAGCAAAGUAGAUCUCUACCUGUAGUUGAGCCUAAAACUCUAGAUAUAAUUAUUGAACUUGAAAGUGAGGUAACACAGUUGAAAGUGAUAAAGAAUAAUCUUGAAGAGGAGAUAGAAGUUCUCAAAAAAACAAUAGAAGAUCAGAAUCAAAAAACAGUACAACUUCAGCAGUCUUUGCAGGAACAAAAAAAAGAAAUAGAUGAGUCUAAAUUUCAGCGUGAACAAAUGAAUGUCACGCAUGAAAGACUUUCCUUGGAGAAAGAUGAGGAAAUAAAAAACUUACAGAAAACAAUUGAACAAAUUAAAUCUCAGUUGCACAAAGAGAGACAGGUUAUUCAGACUGAUUCCUCUGAUCUCUUUCAGGAAACCAAAGUUCAGACACUUAACGGAGAAAAUGGAAAUGAAAAACACGAUUUAUCUAAAGCUGAAAUUGAAAGACUGGUAAAAGGUAUCAAAGAAAGGGAGAUGGAGAUUAAGCUUUUAAACGAAAAGAAUGUUUCUCUAAGUCAACAAAUUGAUCAGUUAUCCAAAGAUGAAGUUGGCAAACUCACUCAAAUAAUUCAAGAGAAAGACUUAGAAAUACAAGCUCUCAAUGCUAGAGUUUCCUCAGCUUCCUAUAGGCAGGAUGUUCUUUGUCUUCAGCAGCAGCUGCAAGCUUAUGUCAUGGAAAGAGAACAAGUACUAGCAGUUCUAAGUGAAAAGACAAGAGAGAACAGUCAGUUGAAAACGGAGUACCAUAAGAUCAUGGAUAUGGUAGCUGCUAAAGAAGCAGCUUUGGUAAGGUUGCAAGAAGAGAAUCAAAAGUUAUCCAGUAGAUUUGAAAAUAGCAGUCAAGACAUGUUUAGGGAAACUAUUCAGAAUUUAUCCCGUAUCAUUCGAGAAAAAGAUAUUGAAAUAGAUGCCCUAAGUCAAAAAUGUCAAACCUUACUGACUGUCUUGCAGACAUCCAGUACAGGUGCUGAAAACGGGUCGGGAGGUGUUAACAGUAACCAGUUUGAGGAACUUUUACAAGAACGUGAUAAAUUAAAACAACAAGUAAAGAAGAUGGAAGAGUGGAAGCAACAGGUACUGACCACAGUUCAGAAUAUGCAGCAUGAGUCAGCUCACCUCCAAGAAGAGCUACACAAGCUUCAAGCACAAAUUUCAGUUGAAAGUGAUAGUAAUUCGAAGUUGCAGGUAGAUUAUAAUGGCUUGAUUCAGAGCUAUGAACAGAAUGAGAAAAAGCUGAAAAGUUUUAGCGAGGAGUUGGCACAAGUUCAACACAGCAUAGGACAGCUCCAUAACACCAAGGAUCUCCUCCUGGGAAAACUUGAUUUGGUAACACCUUCUGUUGCAGUAGCUUCUUCCGUUGUUUCACAGCCUUCAGGCAUUCAACACAGUACUCCUGAAGUACUCAGUGAUGAAUCUAAACUCCUUCAGAAGGAACUGGAACAACUGAAAAAAAAGUUGCAAGAAAAAGAUGUAACUAUUAGGACUCUCCAGGAAAACAAUCAACGAUUAUCCGAUUCUGUGGCUACAGCAUCAGAGUUUGAGAGAAAGAGUCAAGAAGAAACUGAUUCAGAAAUGAGGCAGAUCAAAGAAAAACACGAUAUCUUACAGAAGUCACUUAGGGAAAAGGACAUACUGAUUAAAUCUAAAAGUGAUCAGUUACUUUCUGUGAGUGAAAAUCUUAGCAACAAAGAAAAUGAAAAUGAGCUUUUAAAACAAGCUGUGACUAAUCUUAAAGAAAGAAAUCUAAUUUUAGAAAUGGAUAUUCGAAAACUGAAAGAAGAAAAUGAAAAAAUAGUUGCAAGGUGUAGGGAAAAAGAAACAGAAUUCCGAGCACUUCAGGAGACUAAUAUGCAGUUUUCAAUGAUGCUGAAAGAGAGAGAAUUUGAAUCACACUCAAUGAAAGAAAAAGCUCUUGCUUUUGAAAAACUGUUGAAAGAAAAAGAACAGGGCAAGACAGGGGAGCUGAAUCAACUGUUAAAUGAAGUUAAAUCAAUGCAGGAAAAAGCUGUUACUUUUCAGCAAGAGAGAGACCAAGUAAUGGUGGCACUCAAACAGAAGCAAAUGGAGAGCAGUGCCCUGCAAAGUGAGAUGCAGCAUUUGCGUGAGAAAGAGCAGCGCCUAAACCAGGAACUGGACAGGCUGCGUAAUCACCUUUUAGAAAUGGAGGACUCCUACACACGUGAAGCUUUAGCUGCAGAAGACAGAGAGGCCAAACUAAGAAAGAAAGUUUUGGUUUUGGAAGAAAAACUGGUGUCCUCAUCUACUGCAGUGGAGAAUGCCAGUCAUCAAGCUAGUCUGCAGGUUGAGUCUCUGCAAGAGCAAUUAAACCUGGUUUCCAAGCAGAGGGAUGAAACUAUGCUACAGCUGACCAUCUCACAGGAGCAAGUGAAACAGUAUGCAUUAUCACUGGCUAACCUGCAGAUGGUACUAGAGCAAUUCCAACAGGAAGAAAAAGCCAUGUAUUCAGCAGAGCUAGAAAAACACCAAAAACAGACUUCAGAGUGGAAGAAAAAGGCUGAGAAGUUAGAAGAAAAAGUUGUAUCAUUGCAGGAAAGUUUAGGAGAGGCAAAUGCUGCACUGGAUGCAGCAUCAAGGCUUACUGAGCAACUUGACUUCAAAGAGGAACAGAUUGAGGAGCUUAAGAAAGAAGGUGAGAUCAGAAGAGAAAUGCUAGAAGAUGUACAAAAUAAACUAAUGAAUCUUAUCAACAGCACAGAAGGAAAGGUGGACAAGCUCCUGAUGAGAAAUCUCUUUGUUGGACAUUUUCAUACUCCAAAAAAUAAACGUCCUGAGGUAUUAAGGUUAAUGGGAAGUAUCUUAGGAAUAAAAAAGGAAGAACUUGAUCAGUUGUUAUCCGAAGACCAAAGAGGAGUUACCAGAUGGGUGACUAGCUGGCUUGGUGGAGGAGGAGCUGGGUCAAAGAGUGUCCCUAAUACACCUUUGAGACCAACUCAACAGUCCAUUUUUAACAGUUCUUUUUCAGAAUUGUUUGUGAAAUUCCUUGAAACAGAAUCUUGCCCAACCCUUCCUCCACCAAAGCUCUCUGUUCACGAUAUGAAACCUUUAGGAGCAGCAGGAACUGGUAAAACUAGCAGUACUCCAUCAAGCAGUCAAAUACAAGAUUCUGCAGUCUCAGGAACCAGCAGAAGACCAGACACAAAUCCAUUUUUAGCACCUCGAUCUGCAGCAGUACCUCUUAUAACACCUGCUAGUAGUUCUGGACAUCUGCUUAUGAAACCUAUUUCUGAUGCUUUACCUACUUUUACACCACUGCCAGUGUCCCCUGAUGCCAGCGCUGGUGCUGUACUAAAAGACCUCCUAAAACAAUAGAUGAUCUUGAAGCCAAUAUGAUGACAGUAGCACUUUAAGAAAAAUGAGAACACUAUGUUGUAUAUAAUAUACCACAAAGAGGCCUUUUUGUAAAAAGUUGUGUACUUGUUUGCAAUUGUACUUUUUCUUUUGAUUAUGAACUAACCAGUGCUUUGGAAAUUCUAAUGAUUGCAUGAAUAGCUGCCCUCUUUAUAGCAGGUAUUCAUUUUGGCUGUGGGUUAGAUUUUAAAGUGGGGGGGAAAAAGUCUACCUUGUAGGUAGAGCUGCAAGACAAACUGAAAGAUUUAUAAACCUUAGUCUUACUCCGAGUUGUUUCAGUUAUGCAUGGACAACAUUAACUCUUUGAUGUUGAGGUCUGUUUUUUCCAUUAAAGUGAUUACUGUUAGCAACAGACCUUCAAGCAUCAUAAUUUCAAAAAAAAAAAAAAAAAAAAAUUUCCAACCAAAACUGAUCUUAUUUGAGAUGUUAAAUUGUUACAAAUUCUAAAGAAUGAGGCAGUGAGCAUAUGGAAGUGUGUAUACUGAGCAACUGCAGUUUUCCAACACAGAAUUUGCUACAGCUACUUAUAUGAAAACAUAUCUGUUACAGGAUUGAUCACAUUUUGGAGCAGUUUGAGGCAUGUUAAUCUCUAGAAUUUGUGUGGGGGGGUUGUUUUGGUUUGGUUUGGUUUUUUUCUUUCCCUCCCAGCCUAAUAGCUGCUUUCAGCAAUCAAACCCACCAGCACCAAAGAGUUAGCUGUCGGAAUGUGUGUUUCAUUUUCUACAAGUGUCUAUGUAGUGCAUAGUCAUCAGUGGAGAAUUUAGCAAAAGAUAGGUUCACCUAUAUACAGAUAGUAUACUGUAAUGGGUCUAAGAUGUAUAUUUAAGAGACUUUUUAUCUUGUAGGAUUUUGUAGAUUCAAAUAUAGGCUUAAAGCUUGAACAUAUGUAUAGAACUUAAAAGUAAGAAAAAUGGUUACUUAUCCCAAAUGUGUAAAUAGGUCUUUGUAAGACCAAGGCCGAAGUCAACUAUUCUGUAAAUUUUGCUGUGAUAAAUUGUACACUUUGUGUGGCAGGUAAAGGAUUAAGUUGCAUACUAAAGGAUAAAAUUCAUCUUACAAAAAUAGUGAAUCUGGGAUAAAAUGUCUUCAUUUGAAAAUGUAUCUAAACCUUUUUAUAUGCCAUUUCUUGUUUCGUCAGUGUUAAAAGAUAACUACUGUGGAAGUUCUAUAUUAGAACUGUCAACUUUUCAUUUCAUUAAGAUCCUAGAUUAUAUUGUUGUAAGAGUUAUAUUUAAAUAAAAUUAAUCACUGAAACUUGUACAGAAUCUACCAAAAUAAUACAACAAAUCUUUGCAUUUAUUUAUGUAGAGAUUGAAUAGUGAAAUUCUUUUGUUGCCUUGAAAUUUAGCAAAGUUUACUUUAAUUGCUCUGUUUUGAGUUCGUUUUCUCCAAUAUCUUAAUAUUUCAUGGAAACUUUAUGCAGAUUUGGAAUUUGGCCAUAUUGAGUUUUUUUUCUUUUUUUACUCCGUUAUAGACAAGAUAAUUUGGCUUUUUGAUUUGUGAAAGGGUAGCAGGCACAUGUGGUUUACCAAAGCAAAUGCUACACUAAAUAAUAAAUGUAAUAAGAAUUUAAAAUUACCUCUGCUGAGACUAUUUCAGUUAGGUAUUUCAGAUACACAUCAUCUUUUGAACUACUGGACCAGAAUGGUAUCGUUUUUUUCUGUAACACAUAAAGAAGACUGAAAUCAGACGGCAUUUGUGCAUCUCUCCUGUUCUUGAAGUGAUGUCUAUCUUUAGGAUAUGUAUGCUUCAAAAUAAAAUUGCCUUUUGGUGAGCUGAAGCACAAAGAAAUGUUUAGCUUUCUAAAAUUGUGGCUUACCUAUUAUAAACUACAGAUGGGUUCAUGAUCACCAUCCCCUGAAUAUACUAACUAACCAGAUUUGUAUAAUUCCUCUGUGCAUUUUUUUCUUCCUUUAAUUAUAUAGAACUUAAUAUGUACAUGUUUCUCUUCCAGGAAGCUUUAUAAAUGCCAAUAAAUAAAACAUGGUGGGACCGUUUGUUUCAGCAUGCUGUAAAUCAGCUCCAUUAUACAGUAAGUUAUGAGAGUUAGACUGCUCUUAGGCAUUCGUAUGUGUGUGUUUGAGUGGAAAUCUAAAGAGCAAACAAAAGCUUUGAAGAACUUCAGAGUUCCUAGUAGAGCUACUUCUGAGAGAAGGAGAAAAUCCUCUAUAGAAGCAGUAUAAGAGGCUUCAGUCCUUAAGUCCUAAGAGGUCUUUUGAACUGCAGAGAAAAUACCAUGGCUUAGAGGUUCCCUUUCUUAUUCCCCAGCUGCAUUGGUGGAUUUUGUUCCUCUGUUAGAAAUCGAAUGUGUUCUAUGUUUCAGCCAGUGCUCUCCCACUGAAAAAACAUAGCAUUUUAUUGCCUUGAUUCUCUCUUCUUUUUUAGACUAUUUCACAGACUAUUUUAAGUUACCUUCAAGAUUGUUUUUAUUGAAAGAUUAGUGGAAAAUAUUUUUUUUUUGCUCUUUUUUUUCCUGUAUUUACUUUGUGCUGGAAAACUGUUUUGUAAAUACUUGUUCUAACAGUUUCCGACAUAUGUCUUUUAGAUUAUCCUGUUAACUGUGGGGGUCUUUCACACAGCAAUGGGGGGGGGGGGAAAUUAUCUAUGGAACUUAUGAGAAGGCGUAGUACUUGAAAAUUCUCCAUUAUCAUUUAAUGUAAUUGUUCUCUUUCACCUUCCAUUUGUAAGGAAGAAGAGUGCAUGGUCCUCCUAGCUUUGGUCUAACAAGCUAUUUCUUGUGGUAAUAUAACAGGAUUCUAGUAAGGAAUGGAUUUGCAAACGUAGGAUAAAGGAAAAAGCAGCGUUAGGAUGUUCUGUUCUCCUUGGAUUCUCUCACUUUCUGUUCUUUGUUCAUCCUCCCUUCUGUGCAAAUAGAAGGAAGUAACUGGUUGCCCUUUUUAACUGUUACUGUAGACAAAUGUAAAUUUUUUUUUUAAUUAAAAUCUCUUGCAUUAAACCAA